AUGAUCAAUCCUGAAGUUGCAGUACAACUUCACUUCUCGGGCCGUCGCAUUUCGGCUGUCACUGUCUCAAACCCGGCGAAGACGCUCGAAGACCACCUCAAGUCCGAUCGACGCUGCGACGACCGCUAUGUCAUCCACGCGGUGCAUCACGACAAGGCUUCCGAGAACCCGUCGGUCGCCCAAAAGGAUUGGGAUGAGAUUAGUGUCAUCCUGGUGGGUGAUACAAUUCUCAAGAUCGCCAUGUCGAAGGGUGACUGGGCGGACAGCGAUUGA